AUGUCCGAGAAGGAGGCCCAGACGUUGUCGCUCAAGGCUGGGGACCACGCCGCCGCCAAGUAUUACGACCAGCUCGCCAAAUCGCUGGGCGCGCCCAAGGCCCAGGAGGUGCCCUUGCAUCAGUUCCGGCAGCAGCUGGCAGCCGACGUCGAACAGCGUGAGCGGAGAUUGGAGCACGAGUUCGCGAAGCCCACGAAGAGCGCGUGCAGGAGCUUGCGGCUGCCGCUUCGCCCAAAGCUGAGGCCCCCCCCUGCGAAGGUGGACAUCAAGGACUUGGUCGAGGGCAAAGUUGACUUCGCAACUUUCUUCAACCUGGACAGCGUGCUGGACGUGCAGCGGGAUGUCGAGGAUAUUGAGCUUACGGCCGAAGAUCAGAAGGAGCUCCAGAUUCGGAAAUCGACGAUGUCUGAGGCUAUCAAGGAGCGCGCGCCGGACCUCUUCAAGGGUGCCCUGGAUGCGUCUCAGAAGGCCCGCGAGGAUCACGAUAAGCAUAAGUCAAGGCCCACCAAGAAGAGGAACACUGAGGACGGCGCCAAG